ACAAUGUCCCUUGAAAAACAGCUGUUGCAACUGGGGGUGUAAUAUGCAGGUCUUCUGUGGGUCCCUCAUUUUUCCCUUUGCUAUAUCUCUGUAAAAAUACAGCCUAAUCAACACUUCAACAGCCUGUAAAGAGCUGUUGAACUUGCACUAAAAAAGCUCUACUUCAUUGUGUUUUCAUGGUGGCAUUUCAGAUAGAUCUAUGAUUCUUGAAUCAUUGUGAGAUUGAGGGCUUUUUGGGAAGUUCAAGUCCUAAUAUUAAUGGUUUGCAAUAUCAGUACUUAAAUUCUUUUGGGAGAAUUCUGGUGUCUACCAGUUGCUUGUUGAAAUGGUGAUUUUUGUUCUAGUUGUUGUACUGUCCAGUUUUUUUAUUCAAGAAUCCAAUGCUGCAUUUACUCCUGCUGAUAACUAUUUGCUUGCUUGUGGAUCUUCCAAAAAUGUAACCUUUCUUGGCCAGAUUUUUGUUCCUGAUACAACCCAUUCUUCAGUUGCUUUAGAAAGUCCAGAAAAUUCUAUUGCUUCUACAUCCAAUUCCACUGCCCCAUUUUCAAUUUACCAGUCUGUUAGAAUUUUCCACACUACAACAUCUUACAAGUUUGAUAUUCAUCAACAAGGGCGACACUGGGUCCGCCUUUAUUUCUAUCCUAUUCCUGGCCAUAACUUAACAUCUGCCUCAAUAACAGUGGUCACAGAAAACUUUGUACUGUUGAACAAUUUCAGUUUCAAUAAGUAUAAAGGUAAAUACCUUUUUAAGGAAUAUGCAAUCAAUGUCACUUCAGAUAGCUUGACUAUUGCUUUAAUCCCUUCGAACAACUCAGUUGCGUUUAUUAAUGCGAUUGAAGUUGUAUCAGUACCUGAUGAGUUGAUUCCUGAACAAGCAGUGGCUGUUUCUCCAACAGCCCCUUUCAAUGGUCUUUCUGAACUAGCCCUUGAGACUGUUUAUCGGCUAAACAUGGGCGGUCCUUUGGUUACUGCUCAGAAUGAUACCUUAGGGAGAACUUGGGAGAAUGACGUGAAGUACCUGCACGUCAACAGCUCUGCGGUCGAUGCUUCAGUUAAUCCUUCAAGCAUAAAAUAUCCGGAUACCAUCCGUCCUGAAAUAGCACCAAAUUGGGUUUAUGCUACUGCUGAAACCAUGGGAGAUGCUAAUACUGCCAAUGGGAAUUUCAAUAUUACAUGGGAGUUCCCAGUUGAUCCGAGCUUCAUGUAUUUCAUCCGUGUACAUUUUUGUGAUAUCGUGAGCAAAUCCAUGAAUACUCUACUUUUUAACCUGUAUAUAAAUGAUGACAUUGCUUUACUGGACCUAGACUUGUCAAAUUCAGCUGGUAACUUGGAGGUGCCGUAUUACAAGGACUUUGUCUCCAACUCCACAACGAAUUCAGGUGUUCUGACAGUCAGUGUUGGUCCAGACACAGGAGCGGAUUGGAUCAAUGCGAUUAUGAACGGAUUGGAAAUCAUGAAGAUAAGCAACGCAGCUAGAAGCUUGAGUGGGGUUUCGUCUGUCGAGACUCUACUUGUGAUGCAUCAUCACAAAAAGAACAAGAAAGGUGUUAUAAUCGGGUCUGCUGUGGGAGCAUCAGCUGCAUUAGCAAUUAUUGGGUUGUGUUUUUGCUGCUUGGUAGCCCGCAGAUCAAAGACCUCUCAACAGGGGCAGGGGCAUCCAUGGCUUCCUCUUCCACUGUACGGAAACUCUUUAACUUUGACAAAGAUGUCUACAACUUCUCAAAAGAGUGGAACAGCAAGCUGUAUCUCCUUAGUUUCAGCCAAUCUUGGGCGAUUCUUUAGUUUCCAAGAAAUAAUGGAUGCUACUAAUAAAUUUGAUGAAAGCUUGCUUCUUGGGGUUGGUGGUUUUGGUAGAGUCUACAAGGGAACACUAGAAGAUGGGACAAGGCUUGCUGUCAAAAGAGGAAACCCGAGAUCUGAACAAGGUCUCGCUGAAUUUCGAACAGAGAUUGAAAUGUUGUCCAAACUUCGCCACCGCCAUCUUGUGUCUUUGAUCGGCUAUUGUGAUGAAAGAUCAGAAAUGAUAUUGGUUUAUGAAUACAUGGCGAAUGGACCUCUCCGAAGUCAUCUUUAUGGAACGGAUCUUCCACCUCUCUCAUGGAAGCAGCGUCUUGAGAUUUGUAUAGGUGCUGCAAGGGGGCUGCAUUACCUCCACACUGGUGCAUCCCAAAGUAUCAUUCACCGUGAUGUGAAAACUACAAACAUACUCUUGGAUGAGAAUUUUGUAGCCAAAGUUGCUGAUUUUGGUCUUUCUAAAACUGGACCGGCUCUUGAUCAGACCCACGUCAGUACUGCUGUUAAAGGUAGCUUUGGAUACCUGGAUCCUGAGUACUUUAGAAGACAGCAGCUUACAGAGAAAUCAGAUGUUUAUUCAUUUGGUGUUGUCCUAAUGGAAGUGCUGUGCACCAGACCUGCACUGAAUCCAGUCCUACCACGGGAACAAGUCAAUAUAGCGGAAUGGGCCAUGACUUGGCAAAAGAAAGGCAUGUUGGAUCAGAUAAUGGACCCAAAUCUUGCAGGGAAGGUGACUUCAGCCUCCCUUAAGAAGUUUGGGGAGACGGCGGAGAAGUGUUUGGCUGACCAUGGAGUUGAUAGACCUUCAAUGGGAGAUGUUCUGUGGAAUCUGGAAUAUGCUCUUCAGCUUGAGGAAGCCUCAUCAGCUCUGGCGGAGCCCUAUGAUAACAGUACAAACCAUAUACCCGGCAUACCUUUGACACCACUUGAGCCAUUCGACAAUAGUGUGAGUAUGAUUGAAGGGAUUAACUCCGGAACAGAUGAUGAUGCAGAGGAUGCUGCCACUAGUGCUGUUUUCUCUCAGCUGGUAAACCCACGGGGAAGGUAAAAAGAAACACUCUCUGGUGUAUGUGUUCAGCCAUUUGACAUCCCAAAGUUUUUAUUUUAUGGCUUCAACAGAGAGUUAAUGUCAUUUAAAAAUCUUUUCAUUCAUAGUAUUUGAGUCAAUUUUUCUGAAUAAAAAUGCUCGAGUAUGUACUGUAAAUGAUUUGUGGAGCUGGGCAUCCAUUGAAAUUUGUCUUUGUAAUACUAAGAGUUGUAACCUUGUUUGAACAAUUACAUAGGUGAUACAGCUGCUUUUUUCUUUCUUUUUCUCAUAGAUAUCAUGACUAUAAAUUGUCAAAGCUUUGUAAUCAGUGACUCAGAGAGUAACAAUAUUAAGCAAUUGCUGCAGCACUUUAGCUGAAU